CUCACUUCAUGUGGCCACAGGUAUCCGCGGUACCUCGUUGCACGUGGUCGCUUAGGGCAGUCGUGACUCCUUCUAUCCUUGUUUUAAUUCGUCUCUUUGUUUUUAUCAAGCCUUGAAUUUCUACCAGCGGUACCUGCCGAGGAUGGCAUCUCUUAUGAAUUCUGUUAGUGACAUCAAUCAACCCCAAGAGGCAGGGCAAGUUUAUCAAAAAGUUAUCAUCCCCAGGGAUAGAAAUGGUUUAUAUGGGUUACACAUCAGCAAUUUAUCCCCUCAGGUUUCUGAGCAUGAUCUAAGGACAGUGUUUCAGGCAGUUGGCCGGGUUUUUGUUUGCAAGAUUGUGGUGUUCAAGGGUGCCAAUAACAGAGAUACAAAUGCACGUAUUGGAUUUGUGAAAUUCAAGUCCUACAGUGAGGCUCUGUCUGGAUUGCUUAAACUUAACGGAGCGGAAAUCAAGAGAUGUAACAUCCUGAUAAAACCUGCCCUCGUACAGGGAGAUAAGGGGGGGCCAGUGUUAAAAACAUCAAAGUCCUCUGGCAAUAGCACUAGCCCUGACUCCAGUACUGCUGGAACACCAAGGAAGAACUCUGAUAACUCCAGUGGGGAGAGAAGCCCUAGAGGGCCCAUUGUGGAGAUGAAAUGGAGCAAUGGGCAAGAUGGCCCCCCCUUGGCUAGCAUGCCCCUUUCCCCACAAACUACACAGGACUACUAUGUGCUGUCUUCUGAUGCCAUGUGUAGGGAUAUAAGAGAGGUUAACUACCAGCCCAAUGGUUACCAUAAAAACACUGUUAACAAUCAACAGGCGGCAUGCACUCUGCAUGGCUUGAAUGACAACACAUGGAGCAAUAACAAUGCCCCAGAUGUAUGGCCACAGGAUCUCCAUGGUAACAUCACUUCUAAUGAAUAUGCAAAUGGGCAUUUACAGAUGCCUGAAACUAGCAAGAGGGCGACGUCCAGUCCUCAAAAGCAGUCUACCAAUACAUGCUCGUUGGAUGGGUCAGAAGAUGAGGGGCUGGCGUCAGUGACUGCUACGCUCAAACAACUAGAGAUGUCUCGGUCAAGCUCCGCCUCAUUUCUCAGCAGUGUGGAUAUAACAAAGUGGUCGGUGUCAGAUGUUGUGGACUAUCUAGAGAACACUGAGCAGUGCUCUAGUGGGAUUCUUGAAUUUAUCAAAGGGGAGGAGAUCAAUGGGAAUGCUCUUCUGCUUCUUGAUAAGGAGUCUGUAUUGCCAUACCUUAAGUUGGGCCCUACAUUAAAUCUCUUGGAUAUCGUUAGCAAGAUCAAGGCAAGCCAAGGCCUCAAUUAAAUUACAUACAGGUGAAAUAAAUAUAUAUUAGUAUGUAAUGAAAAUAUCUUAGAAUAUUAUUAUCUUACAUAAACUCAAACAGGUAGUUUAGUUCAAUGCAUCUCUCAUGCAUCAUCAUUCCAUUUAUACAUCAUACAUUUCUCUUUUCAUAAGUAUCAACCUACUUUGCAACAGAGGAAAUAAAUUUAGAAUAUUUUCUUUAUUACAAACAGCUAGAAUAUAUAUUAUUUAUUUCUCUAAUAACUGAAAGAAAUGACUGUUUUAUCCGAUUUCAUUAAUUUAGAUUCUAUUAUACUAUUAUAUAUACUAAAUUCUAUUAUUCUAUUAUAGUAUACAGCGGGAGCGUGUCCAUGGCUCUUACACUAACCAAAGUGUCACUAAGUUCUUUUAUCCUUUUAUGAACUAAAUAUACACUUGUUUCAAAAAAGUUUGCACUUGAGAAUCAGUGUUAUGUACCCUGAAGUGGUCCAUGGGAAACUAAGGCUACAUUCUGGACUGUGAAAUGUUCAGGGAUGUAUAGAGGCACACAAACAAGGAUUCUCCACUUCUCCAAGGCUUGAUUUUUAUUGCUGCUUUUUUUUAAUUACACAGUAAUUUUGCUGAGACUCAUAAGGCAUUGUGGGUCACACCACAUGGAUUCUCCAAGUGUAACCUUAUUUGAAAUAGGUGUAUUGUAUAGUUGCCUUGAUAUCCGUGGAGAUUAUGCCUCUGAAACAUUACACUAACACAUUUUUAGCAUGGUUCUUCUCUUUAAGUCACCCAUAGAAUUACUAAAAACUGUUAGAAAUUUCUUCAUAGACUAUUCCUGGUCUGUGUAAGGCGAGAGUUGUGUUUGACUUCAAACUGCCAUAUUGUUAAUUCGUUAUAAUCUUGAAGGGAAUGUUUUAUCCCAAGCAACGUUAAAGGAUUAUUCUUGGGUCGCGUUGACCUAUUUGUUAAUUUGUUAUCACCCUAAUGGCAUGUUAUGGUUGGUUUUCUUGACCUUGCACUUAAGGGUUCUCCACCAGACAUAAGACAACACAUCCUUGAAAUCUUUUUCCAUGGAAACCCAGGGUUGAUGGGGGUUAUUCGGGAAAGAGUGUGGUUUAGAUUUUUGAUUCGUUUGUACUCUGUGACAACACAAAGCCCUUGCAAGGAAGGGAAGCAUGCAAUUGCUACAUUUUACAGUAACUCAAUGGACCUGGACCAUUAGAUAUUUGCAAAUAUCAAGGCGCAAUAAAGCAGAGAAAUUACCCAAGGAAAAAUCCUGGCUUCACCCCCGACCCUAUAUGUCAAGGGGGCGGGGGUAUACAGAGAGAAGGCCAUUUAGAUAUAAUAUUCAGGUAAAGGGUUUUGAAUCUCAGAAAUAUUACAUGCUUAAAAAUAUCCCAUUCUUCUUAUCUAAUGGUCCAAAAAAACCGUUUGAUAUUGAUUUAAGCAUUACAUUGACCUAUCUAUCUUACUGGCUGCAGUCUUGUGGGGAACCUUAGUUUGUCAAAGGUCGUUAUUUAAAAGGUUAAACAUAUUGAGAUGUUUAUAUAGUUUAUAUGUAGCCAUGGCUCUAUGGCUUGAAGUCUGUUGAUCUAAUUUACGUGACACUGUUUUUCCGCCAUCAUCUUGAAAACUUUUCCAACAUUAAUUGAACUAUAAUGUAGAAAUUUGAGCCGUUUUUAUUAUAGGUUUAAUUGACUUUGAUUGACUUACAGUGAUUCAAGCAGAUUUAGUUCACUAGCUAAACGAAUAUCAUUUUAUCUCCUAGAAAACCACGCGUCACGCAAGUAAGAACGACAGAUUUUAAUUAAAUUACUUUUAUAAUGGUGGGAAGCCCAGCAAACCUUUUGAGGUAUUGCUGACAAUUUUGAUUAUCGCCUCGUGAUCUCUAAAAAUUCUUACGUUAUACGUUAUGUAGUCUGCUUUGCUGCCGAUCUUAGCGUCACACACGUGCCGCUAGUAGCGGCUGCUAAGCAUGAUUUACAUUAUGAAACUAUUUCAUCAGAGUGGACUGCCUGUGGAAAACCACACGAUUCCCGAUCCAAUACAAAAAGAGAGUCGAGAUGAUAUCACAACUACUGUUCUUGUUAAAUUUGUUACAAUAAUUAUUUAACUCGCCAAAGCUGUUGAGGAAAUAAAUUCAAAACAUGAUAUUGA